AUGACCUCUUCAUCCGACUACUCUGACAUCAAGUUCGAGAUCAAGGGACAGAUUGGUAUCAUCAAGUUCAACCGUCCCAAGGCCCUCAACUCCUUCGGCGGAAAUCUCAUCCCAGACGUCAUUGCCGCACUACGCGUUCUAAAUGAGCACCCAGACACCGUCUUCACCGUCUUGACAGGUGAAGGCCGAUUCUUCUCCGCCGGUGCAGACGUCAAAGGCAUCCCCGGAGCUGGUGAAGUGUUCAAAAAUGGUGGAGAGAAGAAAUUGAGUUACAUGACUCGGUUUGGCUAUGCCACGGAACUUCUACGCUCCAUGAUCGACCACCGCAAAGUCCUCAUCCUUGCCCUAAACGGCCCCGCUGUCGGUGGUGGUGCAGCUUGGUUCCCGGGUAUUGCGGAUAUUGUCCUUGCUUCCUCAACAGCUUGGCUGCAAUGUCCUUUCUCAGCCCUCGGUCUCGUCCCUGAGAACGGAUCCGCUUUAUCCUUUGCCCAAUCCAUUGGCAUUCACCGGGCCAACGACUUCCUCAUGUUCGGCCGUAAACUCUCGGCACAAGAGCUUGUUGAUGCGGGUCUCUACAAUUAUGUGUGGGACGCUACAGGUGAUGAGUUCCAAGGCAAGGUUGUCGAGUUCUUGGAGGAGCAGCUAAAGGGAAAUGAUGGAAAGAGUAUGAUGGAGAUGAAGAGGUUGCAAAAUGCGCCGAUUAGGGAUGCGCGGAUGAUUGCUGUAGUUAAUGCUAUUGAUGCAUUGGCGGAAAGGUUUGUUGAGGGUGCGCCCGCGGAGAGGUUCAGGAUCAAGAGGGAGGAGAUGGAGCAGAAGAGUAAGGCUAGAUCGAAGAUCUGA